UGCGCUCCUGUCAUCCACGAGAGAAGGGAAAUUGGCGAGCACAGGAUCUGCACACACACACACACACACACACUCACACACACACCCCACACACACCACACACACACAUACAGUAGACAUACACACACAUACACACACAUGCACAGAGAGCGAGAGAGAGAGAGAGAGCCUUGAUGAUUGCUGGCUGCACGACACGAAUUUGGUCAGCGAUUUUUUUGUUUCAUCUGCCACAGCACAGAUCUGCACCAGAUCAAGCUUUUAGUCGUGUAAUAAAAGCGUGCAUUGGCGUUUUAACAUCUGCCAGAUCCGCCGCGCACAACUCCACAGGGAGGCAGAGGAGCUCGAGCCGUUAUUCUUCUUAAUAAGAGAAUUCAGGAAAGCCUCAAGAGAUGCCAAAAAGGAGCGGACUUUGGUUGCUGCUGCUGCUGUUGCUGCUCGUGCUACUGCUCGAGAUGCUGGUCGUCGCAUCGGCGCACGAGCAGGACGUGAACGAAUCGUACUCGCCGCGGAGAGCGCGCGCCUCCGCCAAUAGCCCCGCGGAUGUGGUGCGCUGUUUGAAUAGUGCCCUCCAAGUGGGCUGUGGUGCCUUCGCUUGUCUGGAGAACUCCACGUGUGACACAGAUGGAAUGCAUGACAUCUGCAAGUCCUUUCUCUACAGUGCUGCUAAAUUUGACACUCAGGGCAAGGCUUUUGUGAAGGAGAGCCUGAAGUGCAUCGCCAAUGGCAUCACCUCCAAGGUCUUUCUUACUGUGCGCCGUUGUUCCACUUUCCAGCGGAUGAUCUCGGAGGUUCAGGAGGAGUGCUACACCAAGCUGGACAUCUGCACUGUAGCCAGGUCAAACCCAGAAGCCAUUGCAGAUGUAGCUCAACUGCCCAGCCACUUUCCUAACAAGUUUUAUGGAAAGCUGCUGCAGAGUUUAAUGGACUGUGACGAGGAAACAAUCGACCUGUUGAGGGUGAAUCUGAUGGCCCGGUUGGGGCCUGAGAUUGCCAUGCUCUUCCAGCUACUGCAGAACAAGCCUUGCCCAUCCACUGCUGUGCCCACUGGGGCGGAGACUCGUGGAGGCUGGCACUGGCCCGCCAGUCCCCACCCACACAAGAACCAGCCUCAUCUACGCAACAGGGACACGGCCAAUCUCUUCAGCAAGAAACGCAACAUGGACAACAGCUCUUAACGCAGACCAGGUUUCUUGGUCCGAACCUAGAGGUUGUGCACAUUUUUGCAAAAUGAAAAGAAAGAAAAAAAACAAACAAAACAUAUUAGUGGCUCAUUCACAAUCAGAAUGCAGGAAUAACGUUAAUUCUCUUGAACAGGAAAAAAGAAAUGCACCUAUAUGAAAAUAGCUUGAAUGUCAAAUGUUUAUGUUUAUAUUGUCAUAGAAAUUCAAGGGACUAGUUUACCAGCUAAGCUUUUUUCAUAUUUCGAGACUGACCUAAGCACAGUUAAAGUCUCUUUUACAAGCUCAGUGUAAAAUCUCUUUAAAAAAAAAAUAUUCAGGCCAUUGUGUAGAGUUCUUAGAUUAUAGAUUAUAGAUUAAUAUAUAUAUAUAUAUAUAUAUAUAUAUAUAUAUAUAUAUAUAUAUAUAUAUACAUAUAUAUAUAUAUAUAUAUAUAUAUUAUUUUCAUGAAAAGUAUCUAAAGAGAAAAACGGAAAAUAAUACCAUCAAUAUAGAACCAUUUAUAUAUCUAUACAACCAAUAUAUCUUUAAAAAAAAAAAAAAAAAAAAAGGUUACAACAAAGAAAAUAUGUGUAUAUAUACUGAAUAUAUUGUUAAUGUGAAAUAGUUGGCAUGUGCUAUAAAUAUGAGAGUGUACUAUUUAUUUAUUAACAGAUAUUUUACUAUUUUUAGAUGUUAAAUUGCCACUAGAUCUUAAAUUGCCACUAGCCUUUUUGUGAACGCUCACUCACUGGGUGAGGGAUAUCUUUAAAAAAAGAAAAUCUGCAGGAAUUCAUUAUAAAAGACCAAAAAACUAAGAUUUACUCCAGAUGCCAUAUUUCAUAGACCCUGCGUGCGGUAACAUUAGGUGUCAUGACUAAAAUCAUUUUUUACAGAAACUGAUUAGAAAUCUGGACAGUAAUCAUUUAGUAGAUAUUAUUUUUCUAUUUAAAAAAAGAGAAAAACCCAGUUGUUGCUAACCCUCGAGUGCAAUGCUAGUGUCACAUGAAAUUAUGAAAUUAUAGCCAGACGUAAUGGACAGAUGAACAACUUGCUCCCUGGUGAAUAUGACGUACAGAUGUGGGGUCGAAGCAAACCAAGAUGUCUAUUUAAGAAAAGAGCCUUUUGGGUUUAUUCAUAUUUAUUUUCCUACUAUAUUAUUUAAGUGUUUAUUUGAUUGCAUUUCUGUAGAUAUUCUGUGAUAAGUCAACUAGAGGUGUUUUUUUUUAUUUCUCUUUUCUCUUUUUCUUUUAGUACCGAGUGCCUGUUUUUUUUGUUUGUUUGUUUGUUUUGGUUAUUUUGUUUGUUUUGUUUUUUUUUUAAUUUAGAUUCUAUUUUUUGGACCUUUCUUUUUAAUUUCCUUCAAGAUGAGACCCAUGUAAUGACUCUGUGCUGGUCAUGGGGGAACACGUUGGUCAUUUGAGUCAGCUCACCUUCGCUGCGAGUGUUGUACGGGACCACUAUAAAAGACUAAAAGUAUAAAAAAGGUGUUGCGAGCAUUGCCACUUACUGUGUAUUUUGUGCAGGGUCAACAAUAGACUGUUGCUUAGAGUUAUAUUUUCAGCUUUAAUAAAAAUCUGCCUGUGUUGGGGGGGUGGGGGGGAAAUCAACAUCCAGUAUUUUAAAGCACCGCUGGUUUUAUUUUGUACGUGAAGGAUGGGUUUAGGCUGUUCUAUAGUACACCUAUGGUUAGCACAAACAGUUCAAACUGGAACAGUCACUGCAAAGUGUUUUCUGGAGCCAUUCUUGACACUAUGCAAUAUACAAUGUUUAUGAAAAGGCCUAUUUUUUCUCUGAGUGUUUACCCGGGGUGGAAGAGUAGACAUCUCUGUUUAAGUGCUUCAUGGAGAAGUGAAGAUAAACCAAGAUGGGGGAGGGGGAGGGGGGGAGUUGUUAGAGGAAAAGCUUGUGAAGACUUGAAGCCUUAGGGUCGUAUCUAAUAAAACUGCCACCAAACCACUAUGGCUAUUUUUAUUCUUGUAGAAAGAGACCAUUCCAAUUGAAAAGAAAUGAAGGUCAGUUUUUGAUAGGUAAAGCGCUAUAAACUUAGCUGUUAAUGGAUAAAUGGUGCCAUUGUGGUUUUGUAGUGGUUUAGCAGUUUGGUAGAAUUAGGCCCAAAGACGAAUAAAAUGAAGAGAUCCAAGGACAAGAUGCAAUGUUAAUUUUGCCACCCCUUUCAGAUUUCAUCUCGAGUCAGUUCACUGAUUUGACUUUUCAUACACGAAAUGCUGCCAGACUUUAUGUUGACUUCAUGGGCUUGUUAGCACAAUACAAUGUAGUCUGACAUAAUUCUUUUUUUUAUGUCGUCAUAAGCCAUCGAAUCGCUGAUCGUUUUCAUUAUUCUCGUCCGCAAAAUUAACACUGGCAGUGGCAAUGACUGUUUUUUCUUAAACCAAAUGAUGUGCACAUUUAAAAUAAACUCACCAAACUAUGCAAUAAUUCCUAGGUUUCAUGCUUAAAAAAAAAUCCACAUUAUAGCGGCCUGAGUAAAAGCCAGGGCCGGUCGACUUUGACUUUUAGAGUACAGUAGAGCCUUUUACCUCCCCCAUAUGAACGGCAAUGUAUCUCCCCAGUCCCAGGUUGACUGUCUCUCCCUGUUUCUUCUCCCUGUUAAUUUAAAAAUAUCAGUGUGUGUAUGUAGUAAGAGACACAUUAAUAUGUGUCUUUAUAUGCACUUUCCUCUUUCCAUCUCUUAGGACCACUAAUAAAAGGGCAUUGAAACAAUCGAAACUCUUUUAUCUUACGCAGGUUGGGCUCAAAGUUUCAACAAUGAGCUAGAGAGACCAUUAUAGCUGUUGUAUACUUGAGUAGCCAGGGAUGUAGUGUGAGUGAUGUGUGUUUGAGAGAGAAGUCUCUCUUUGAUUUCGGGAUUAAGAGUGAUCUCUGUCUAUGAAACACCAAGGAACUUGCUGUACCAAACAGUUGCUGCUAAACCUAUUUCUAACCCCACUGUGUUAUGUUUCAACUAUUUGUUUUUUUUUUUUUUCAGUUGUGCUUACCUUGAGAGAGUACUGUGUUGCUGCAAAGAAUUAUAAUGCCUAAUAUGUAUAACAUCUGGAGUCUCUUUUAUCAGACCGUGCGUAGGAGCUCUUGAGUGGGGCGACGGAAACGCGCUCGCACUGUCAUUGAGAGAUCGGGAGUCUGAAUCCCGACAGCAAUCCGGAGCCGAGAGUCAGAGAGAGCUAAAUUGGCGUGGGUGGGCGGGAUGGCGUUACAGUCUCUGUCAAUCUGUGUGACACUAGCCAAUCGUGGGCGUCUGUGAGGUCAUGUAUGAGGAAGAGAGUGGAUAGUAUUUUCCACACAGGAUUGAACGUUACGCAAACCUGUGACGCAGAUCGGAAAAGUUGCGGCGGCUGGCUUCACGGGUCUCAAAGGAAGUACAUGCCAGUCUUAUUCCCCUUUGGUUGGAAAUUAACAAGUUCUAAUUGUUUGCAUACGAACCACCAGUAUGUGCUAGAAAGUUGGUAUUUAUCAUGAAUGGACGUUGAUAAAUCUCAGAAUUUCUCCGCCGCAUAUGUUUAUAUAAAGAAAUACCUCCAAAUUGCCAAAUAUGGUAAAUAACUUCCCUUCACAAAGGUGGUUUUAUGACUAGGUGCGCAAUCAAUUGCUCUAAUUUCCAAUUUUGGACAGCUCCAUAUUAUUGUUGACCAUUUCACUGUUGUAUUUGGGAAUAUAGUUGGUUGGGAAAUACCAGACGUGUGUCCAAUUUCUCAUUGAAAUGUGCCUGUGGCAAUUAAAAUUGCACUGGGCAAACUUAAUGAGCCACUCAUCGCUCUCAGCAGUGAUGUUCCUGCGCACCUUAAAAAACAAGCUCCACCUUGACCAAAGCUGCGAUUACACUUUUCUACCACUAGGGGUUUCUGAUUACAUAUAAGGUUAGGAGUAGUUCUAAGUAUACGCACAUAGAACUUUGAACAUGCACAGUUGAUAAAUGAGACUCCUGAUGUUUAUAGUACUAAGGGUGCCAUCAGUCAACCGUGUUCAUGGAAAGGGAGUGGCCGACCCAUCUCAGAGAAAACGGCCACUCUUUGGAGCACGUGUGUAGCCAUGCCUAUCACACACACACACAACACACACACACAACACACACACACAACACACACACACAACACACACACACAACACACACACACAACACACACACACACACACACACACUCACACACACACACACACACACACACACACACUACCCUUGGGGUGUCAUGGGGUAUUGUGCAUCUACAUGUAUGAUCUUUGGUUGGGUUUCUGCAGUGCACUUGUGGAUGAAUCUGUAUUCUGUUUUGUUUAAAUCUGUUUUGCCUACUACUUAUAUAGUUGCAUAUUGAUUCAAAAAUCAAUUGCAAAGGAUUUACAUGAGAAUGUAAUUGUUUCUAAAGUGUAUUGGUGUGUAGGGCUGUUUGAGGCCCUGAAGGUUUAUCACAGCUUUCUAGUUAUUUUGAAUGUGCCAUAAUUGAUGGUGGGAAACAAAAUGUACUAUUAUUGUCUUAAUUAAGCAUUCAAAGCAUGGGAUAAUCCCGAUUAUGAAAAAGUCCCAAUUACUGGAAAAUCACAAAUAGCUAAUCUAAUAGCUCUAGUAUGAUAAUUUGUGACUGCAAAGAAUUGAUUGUACGUUAAAGCAUUGCAAAUUAAGUUGAAGGUAAAAUGUUUUAAGUUCAAAUUGAGAAAAUAUCCAAAUAUGUAAAGUUCACCAUUACUAGAAAGUGUAGUAAAUUAAACAUAGGGUUGGUAUUAUUAUUAUUAUUAUUAUUAUUAUUAUUAUUAUUAUUAUUAUUAUUAUCAUUAUUAUUAUUAUUAUUAUUAUUAUUAUUAUUAUUAUUUGGAUUUUUGUCUUUUCUUUUAUCACUAAUUCACCAAGAACUGGAGUCACUUCCUCUUUAAUCCAGGGCACUAAGGACACACAAAAAAAAGCUAGGCUUAAUCAGCCAUUAAACUGAAUGGUACUUUCUCAAAACUUGAAAUCACUUAUCUCUCUUAUAUUGUUAUUAUAUUCCUUGAUGUAUUUUAUUUGGAUAACCUGUCACACUUAAUUUCCUCUCCCCUUUUGUUUGUUACGGAGUUGAUUUUGCCUAGUAGCUAACAAGAUAAAAACCAAAAGAAGAAGGUCAAUUCGUUUUGCAAGGCAUUCAGUGAAUUUGUUGUUCUGAUGUCCUUAAUGUAUCGCAUGAUAGAACUUUGUGAUUGAUUUGCACUUUAUUAUACACCCAUGCACAUGUAUACACUCGAGUAUAUGUGACGGGUUUCUCUGUGCUUACAGGUAAAGGAAGAUCCCAAUGCAUCAACUAUGUGUCUUUUACUGUGUAGAAAAUAAACGCUGAUCAUAUCAGGAA